CAAGGUUCAACUCGAUUCAUCACCAGAGCAGGAACAUUGCGUCCGCCAUUGAAUAAUGCCAAAGAAUAUAAAAGCCUGGGUUUGGUUUUUAGUGUUUUCAUUGGCAUGGGUUAGUCCCUCCAUUGCACAUCAGAUGCCACCAGGCCAUAAAAGGUUCUGCGAUCCAUCCCAGAGCGACCGGACGGGAAGCCUCAUUGCGCAGAAGUGCGAUUCCGGCUUCUACAGAGAGUGGAGCGGGCCCUUACGAGGUCAAUGUGUACCAUGCAGCUGCAACGGACUCUCCGACCAGUGUGACGAGCUCACGGGGAAAUGUGUGAACUGUCAGUUCCACUCGGCGGGAGACCACUGCGAACGAUGCCAGGAGGGUUACCAUGGCGACGCGGCCCAAAAAUCCUGCCGCGUUUGUCCGUGUCCCUUCACGUGGAACAAUCGAGCUUUGGCGUGCAUGAACAUUGGCGCCGGGGUGGUCGAGUGUUUAUGCAAACGCGGCUAUGCGGGAUCCAGAUGUGAGAGAUGUGCGUUUGGUUACUAUGGUAACCCAGAAACGCGCGGUGGCAGCUGCAAGCCAUGCAAGUGCGACACAGACGGCGAUGGGCACAUUUGUCAUUCCCUGACUGGAGAAUACAUCUCACCUGGUAACAACAGUUGUGAGGAUCAUUUCCACGCCUUGAAGUGCUGCACUGAAGCUUUGCUUCCUCGCUUGAGGGCCAACGAGGGCGACUUGCGUGGGCUGGCUCACAUCUCUGCUCCUGUUUUAACACUGAUCCAUCCUCAGGCGAUCGUCUCUGACGUGGAGAGAGUAGUAAAGAGUUACAGAGGUGCCAGGAGAUAUCUGGAGAUUGAGCAGCUGGAAGAAGAUGUGAACGCGAUUGGAAAGGAUCUGAACCAUCUUAGAAACAAGGUCCUUCAACUGUCUUCUCUAGUGAAUGAGGCCCUUCACAGUCGCAAAAAAGGGUCAAAGACAAGGGCUAAAAUUUUCCUCGGCCAUGCUGAAUCCAUCAUGGCGUCAUUCCCAGAUUUAAUAAAGCGGCCGAGCCGGGCGGCAGAUGCCAUCAGGCUGGGCGGAAGCGACAAGGCGACCGUGAUCGAGGAGACUCGCCGGCUCGUGGAGGAAAUGAGCCGCAUGGUUUGCGGAGAGGCGACGACCGGGGGCUCAACCCGCGGUCAGAGGGAGAUGGCGAAAAAAUUGCUGGACGGGAUAACCAAGAUGGCCGCCGUGAGACCCAAUCAACAGACUCUGAACCAGACUGCCAAUUCUCUGCUGGCAUCACAGGCUCUUCUGGGGCACAUGACUGGCCUUGUGUCAGGUGCAAAGUUCGCGGUUGGAAGAGCGAGACAUGUUAAUUUGAAGAGUGCCUCUACUCUGCGACAUGUGCUGACUCGGCGGCAUGGCCACGGUCCAACCACAACACAAACACGUUCAAUCCGUGCAUUGCAUGAAAGAACAAGAAGAAAUCAGUUCCAGAACAUCUCCGACGUCUUCUUAAAGCUGCUGGACGUCAAACACACUUUCGAGGAGAACGCGGCUCAGCUGGACGGUGCCGAGCGACUGCUGCGAAAUAGGAUGAAUGACAUCUACCGUGUGGUCAGAACGGAGAUCAUCGGCGAGGCUGAGGAGCAUGCGCGGGAGCUUGGCAGAUUGGCCACAGACAUGCAAAAAAUGAUUCCCACGGCUGACGGCACAAAGCGGUCCAGUGAGCCCAACAGAUUGAAGAACAUCACAACUGACACGGAGGAGGCAGCAAUGGCUGCGCAUCAGGCCGACAAGGCUGCUGACGAAACCUUAAAGGAUAUGGCACAGGGUGGUCUGCUCUUGACAUCUGAGUCCAUGAGAGAGUAUUUCACUAGCGUGUGGACUACAGCCAAUCACACCCAGACUGACUUCAUAACGCUCUCAGAGUCACUGAACGCAUGCAAAGAUGGCAUGAAAAGGCAGCAAGACAAAAGAGAAUCUCUGCGAUUUGACGUCUCCAGAGUGAGCCAUGAAAUCAAAAGCCUCAAAAGAGAUGACAUGAAUGUGAUGAUCCAAUCCGCCAAAAGAGAAACUUCUGUUACUAAUGACACUGCCACUCAUGUCACUAACAGACUGAUGAAUAUGGGAGAGGAAAUGGCCAGAUUGACUUUGAACAACAGCGCUCUGGCUUUCAACAACAUUUUAAAUGACGUACAAGAUGCUGUGAGGAGUUUGAAGUGGGUGCUUCCGGUAAUGACAGACAAGCUGGUCCAAAUGGAGGCCCUGGCAAAAACGUCACCAGCUCGAGGCAACAUGACAGAAAACAUUAGCAUGAUCAAAGACCUGGUCCAGGAGACGAGGAGCUAUCUUGACAGGAUCUCGCUCGCCACCGCGUUCAGAGGGAAAGGCCACAUUGAGCUUCGUCCCCCGAGCAACACCGAAGACCUGAAAGCCUUCACGGCCCUCAGCCUCCUUCUCAGUGUGGAAAAAAAGCCAGCGGAGAGCAGUAGAGACCAACAACGAGACGACGACAUGUUUGUUUUGUACCUCGGCCACGAGGAUUCAUCCGGCGACUUCAUAGGGAUGGCCAUCAGGCACGGCGUGCUGAUUUGCAUCUACAAGCUAGGCGGCCACGUCCAUGAGGUGGCGGCUGGUCCUAUAACUACGUUCACUGGCGUGCAUCCCUCCGCUUUGGACCACGUUGUUUUCCACAGAAUUUACCACGACGCCGAAGUCAACAUUACAGCGAACUUCACUUCAGAGUGGCCCGUCUCGUUCACCCCCAAACGUCACCUUCCGAACACCGCGAGUGGCGUCCUUGACCUGGAUCCACAACGCACGGUUUUCUACGUGGGCGGCUACCCUCAACAUUUCAGCCCUCCCAAGGAGCUGCGCUAUCCAAACUACCGAGGCUACGUGAAACUACUCCACAUCAACGACAAACCGCUUUGCCUUUACAACUCCAAGCGCACCGUCAACAUGGAGCCCGGUGUGCACGCUUUAAUGUUACCCGGAUCCGAGGUGUCCCAUUACUACCAGGGAAGCGGCUACCGCGAGGUCUUGGUGAAGGAGCCGUACAAGAUGAGGAAGCGCAUCUUUAAAUUGCGCAUAAAGAGCUGGGAGAGCGAUGCCUUGUUGUUCUACAUCGGCACCGAAGAGUUGUUUUGGUGCUUGCUGGUGGAACAAGGCAACCUGGUGAUUCAAGGUCAAAACAAGAAGAUGAAGUGGCAUCCUUGGAGGCGUGACUCAGUGUCUCUUUUUAACAAACACUUCACCAUCACCAUUGAUGACAUGUUCACGGUCAACUACGAAGACCAAUACUUCUCCGACAAGCAUGUUCACAUUCCUAUUCAAAGCUUUUAUAUAGGAGGGGUGCCGCAGCGCAUUAGAACCAGACACGACAUCAUCGCUCCGCCGCUGAGAGGCUGCGUGGAUCUCGUGAGCGCCGAUGGCCAGAUUGUGGAGUACAACACGACAAUAGGCGUCAGUGAUGCGUGUCCCUUCGGACUGCCGGGCGUUCGCACAGCCACUUUGCGUUCGCCUCUUUCGGGUGAUUGGCUUUUUGCACCAGACCAACAGCGUUUUGCUCUGGGAUUCAGGAGCAUGCACAAAAACGGCGGCAUUCUCAGGAGCAGCUCUCAGAGCACCUUCUUAGGUCACAUUUCGUUGGCCGACGGCUUCCUGCAAUUUCGCCUCGGUCGUCACAGUCUGACGUCAUCGCAAAGAUACAAUGACGGGAGAUGGCACUACCUGUGCGCGGCGCAUACGCCGAGGCUUGAAGUCCAAGUUGACAACGUAGACAUCAAUCUUAACGUAUCAGUAGAGGAAGCAGAGGUGAAGCAAGAAGAAGAAUUCAGAGUCUGCAUUGCUGACCUUUACUCCAGGUCGGCAGCGCAGAGCUUGACGCCGGUGGAUCUGAAUUCUCCGCCGCCGACGGCAGGUGUCACCCCGGGUCAAUGCCGUCUCGGCUCGCUCACGCAAACACCACAACUCCCCACAGAUGUGAACAGACAGUUGGAGAUGCUCAGAAAAACUGCAGACCAAACAGACGGCGAGUGCGGACGUCAGCGGCCGCCCGGCCGCGGCUACCAGCUCUCACAGGGAGACAGCUGGCUGGCGUACAAGCUGUCCCAGCAGGACCUUAAUUACAGGCCUCACUUCUCCCUGGACGUUAAGACCAAGUCCUCUAAGGGUCUCAUCCUUUAUGUCGAGGGCACGGGGCCGGUGCCCCUGCUAGCUCUGUACGUGACAAACGGCAAGAUUAAGAUGUCACUUGGGCCGGACAGAGUCAUCCACCACAAGCUGAAGACAAACGACGGACACUGGCACAGAGUGGAUUGCAGUGUGGAGAAAAACACGUUUCAUCUUCUGGUCGAUGGGAUCCGCGUGAUCGACGGCAAUUUGCCCAAUGAGGAAGGCUCGUUCUUAAACUUCCACAGUUAUGUCUACCUGGGGGGCCACCCAGGGGUCACUAAAGGACCCCAAAUCCUUUUGAAGAGCAUCUCGGGAUGCGUGCGGGACUUCCGAAUGAACAAUUACCCGGUGGGCAAACCCGAAGCUGCCCGCGGAGUGUCGCCCUGCUCGGACGGGCUCACGGAGAACGGGGCCUACUUUGGCGGCGGUCACGUCGUCUUAGACGAUCCCUUUGCAGUGGGCGCUCACUUUGCGUUGACCUUCGAGCUGCGCCCCCAUCGCCUGACCGGCCUUCUCUUCCAUGCGGAGGCCCACGGAAGCAGCUUCGACGUGUUCUUAAUUAACAACACGGUGGGCGUCACUGUGAAUGAUGGCGGCAGCAGUGUCAGCGCCGCGCUGACUCCACAAAACCUCUGCAAUGGAGAGUUUCACGUGAUUAAAGUUUCCACAGGACAAGAACACCUGACGCUAACAGUGGACGACGUUUCUGAAAAGAAGGCUGGCUCCUUCGCAUCCUUCCUUUCCUCCAUGAAACGGGCAUUACUUCACAUUGGAGGGGUCACAGAUUCAAGUGUUGCCCCCGUGACAUCGCCGUACAUGGGCUGCUUGAGAAAUAUGAUUAUAAAUGGCAGACGCAUUGCAUUUGAGACGCGGGCGGUGACGGUGCUCGGCCCCGUGGAUGUCAAAGCGUGUCCCGCACUCUGAGAAGGAGGGUGUGGCGUCACUGUCU